AUGGGAACUCAGACAACGGCCGUGAAAGAGCCAGCCUUAGAGGUCAAGGAGGGCUGCUCCGAGGAAGUGGCACUGGAGCUGAAUGAGAAAAAGAAAGACAGCCAGUACAAGACCAUUAAUGAGUCUCUUCCCGAUUGCGAAAGAGACUUUCCUGCAGUCCGGGAUGGUGCAAAAGGCCACAGUGAUGAUGACUAUGAAAACCCUGAGCUUCAGAUGGAAGAGGCGUGGCAGCCUAUGAAAAUUUUACCAGCCAGGCCUAUAAAGGAAUCUGAAUAUGCAGAUACACGCUAUUUCAAGGAUGUGAUGGACACUCCCCCUCCAUCACACACCAAGACCUUGUGCCCCAUUGAGGGGCAAACCUGGAACACAUGGAUGAAGCUGAAAGAGGUGGACAAACCCAUUUCCAAGGACAUCAGAAGCCCACAUGUUAAAGGAGAAAAAUUCAUCCAGGGGAACAAGAUUCCUUUACCACCUCCUCGGCUUCCUGUCACCCUCCUGAAGAAGUACCAGCCCUUGCCCCCCGAGCCGGAGAGCAGCAGGCCACCUUUCCCUCAGAGACACACCUUUCCCGAAGCCCAGAGAGGGCCCAGACAGAUGAGCUUAAAGGAAUUAAGUGAGGUCCUUGGAGCAGAAAAAGUUCCUUAUCACCAGAUGAAGCCUGAAUCAUCUCACCUGUCACAAAACCAAAAUACUCAAGACAUUCCACUUGCCAUGACCAGCUCUUCAUUCAUGACGAGCAACCCCGGUGUUCAACACAGAGAUCAUAAAAGAAGCAUGCAGUCCUAUUCUCCUCAGAGAUGCCAGUCUCCAGCCAACUACAGCCGUCAUGAAAAUAUGCCACCCUAUAAAAAUACAAGCUGGAGAAAACCUACCCCCACGAGGUCUCAUGAAAAGGAUGUCCAGCACAACGAAUGGUACAUUGGAGAAUACAGUCGCCAGGCCGUAGAAGAGGCAUUAAUGAAGGAGAGCAAGGAUGGUACUUUCUUGGUCCGAGAUUGUUCCAGAAAAUCCAAAGCAGAACCCUACGUGUUGGUGGUGUUUUACGGGAACAAAGUCUACAAUGUGAAAAUCCGCUUCCUGGAGAGGAAUCAGCAGUUUGCCCUGGGAACAGGACUCAGAGGAGAUGAGAAGUUUGAUUCAGUGGAAGACAUCAUCGAACACUACAAGUAUUUUCCUAUUAUACUAAUUGAUGGGAAAGAUAAAACAGGAGUGCACAGGGAACAGUGCUACCUGACCCAGCCACUCACACUCACCAGACGCUUCUCACAGUGA